GCUCCCCAGCUGCUCGGACCCUAACCCUCCCCUCGUUCUCGUGCUCUCCUCAACCCACUCCAGUUCUCUCCUCUCCUCACUGCAGUUGUGUGUGUUUUUGGGUGAGCGAUGUGUUGUUCCGUGGGUUUCGCCCGGUCUCUGGGCCUGGCCCUGCUGCCUCUGGCCCUCUGCUGUAUCGUGGGCAACCUGCUGCUUCUGUUUCCCAUGGGAGAAAUCACCUACAUCCAGCAGGACCGCCUGGCCAGCUACAUCUGGUACUUUGGUGGACUAGGAGGAGGGGGAGCACUGAUGCUGGUUCCUGCUGUGGUAUUUAUCACUCUGGGGAAAUGUAACUGCUGCUGGAAUGAGAGCUUAAUGAUGUGCGGUUCAGUGUUGGCAGCUGUUGUCGGUCUGGUGGGGUCUGGCUACUGUUUCGUCAUGUCAGGGUUCGCCUUGGUGCAGGGUCCACAGUGCUUCACCUCGCUUGGAUGGUCGUACCCUUUUGCAGACCAGGGCGGCAGGUAUCUCUUACAACCAGAGACGUGGUCACGGUGCCUUCAGCCGGUUCACAUCGUAGAGUGGAACGUGACUCUGCUGUUCGUGUUGAUGGGCCUGGCUGUGCUGGAGUUCAUCAUCUGUCUCUGUCAGCUGGGAAACGGUCUAGUCAACGCUGUCUGCAGACCCUGUUGCUACAAGCAGGAGUAUAGUCUUAAUGCUUAAAUCAACAGACAAACACAGAUACACCUGUAAGUACUGUAGGCUCUCCUGCUGAGACAUAAGUGCACACAUAAACAAAUCACACACUCUAUUGUAUGCACACAUACAGGACAUCAAUGGACACAAAUGGACACGGCAUUCUAGACACUGCCUCAUUGCCAAGCAUAAGUGUAUGUGUGUGAGUACAACUAGGGCUUACUUACACACACACACACACACACACACACACACACAC